CUGGAACCACGCGUCGACGGAAGGGGAGGAAGUUGUUCUUGACCCACAAAGUCCGAAGUUCCAGCUGCAGCUUUUAUGGAUGGGGGAUGUACUCUUAAGAUAUACCCCCCAACGCCUACCGUUCCACGAAUCCAUCCAAAAAUACCGCUACCAUUCGCAGUCUCUGCAGCCCUGUCACAAUGUCAGGUACUAGGCCAUGCAACAGCAAUGGAAAUGCUAGAGUGAACAACCUGCAACCUGAACUCAGUAUCAUUGAUCCCAACAGCCGGGAACAAACUGACAUCUUACCCGACCCUCUCGCAAGUUCGCAAGGAUUGUUUUCACAGAAUCCACAGAAUAUCCAGCCAUAUACCAACAAGAUCGUUCCCGCAGACCCGGCCUACUGGAACGAUGCAUCCCCACCGCUCUCAUGCCAGCCGUUCCGGCCAGGUAAUCCUGAAAGCGGACCGCUGCCGGAUGCUCACUAUUAUCACAUAGUCAAGGAUUGGCCUCCUGCGGAUUACCUCACGAAGACGAACAUUCCCGACCCAAAAUAUGCCGCCCAGGACAUUGAUUUCGAGAUAGACCCAAAGUCUCUGCCGAACGUGGUGAGCCGACAAAGCUUCGAGCGCUUGAAAGGCAGUCCACUGGUCAAGGCCAUGUGGAAAGAGGCAUAUACCGUCAAGCAAGGGCUUGAUGGCUACGCAGCGAACAGCCUCCGAGGCCGUACAUGGAAACUCUCGCAUGGCCCUAAUCCCGUCAGGUCGCCGUAUUUUUUCUUCCGUAUGUACGGAGACAAGCCUAUGACGCGAGCGGGCAUCUCAGAGGGCUUCGAGGCAUGCAAAGUAAAGUCGGACAGCAGCACCAAAAAAAGUCAGUCAUCGGUCACGACCUCAGAAGGCCCGUCCGGAUCCUUGUGGGGCAUCAACCAACUGAAUGACCUUUCUUGCAUUCCACUGCUUGACCUGGAUAUGGGCAUCAUUCUCCCGCGCGGCUUUAACUGUGCCAAGGUUAUGAGCGAUAUCAACAAUUGCUACAUUGUCAAGCGCAUUCUGAAUGAAAUCACGGUGGUCACCCGUGACGACCUUGCCCGAUUCGACCGCACUCAUAUGUCAUGGUAUCUCUUCAACCCUUGGUGUCUGUUCUUUACUGCACUGCGCGAUCAUCUGGCUCGAAGCAACCCUGUCAUUGAAGCAGAACAGCUGAAUGAGGAUGGGACCCAGGCUCGAGAGAGUCACACCCGAGACGAAGAUAAAGAUGAGGCUUCCUCGGAAGGGCUUCUCCAUCGAUUCAUGGAGGUCAUCCUGCUCCUCUUCUCAAUUCUUUGUGGGGGACGAGAUGAAUGGCGUAGUACCCCCCACCGUACAGCGGCCGAAAUAAACGUUGGGAAAUCUAUGUGCAAAAUCAAGGAUGACGGGUAUGUCUACCUCACUCGCGGAGGUACGACUGGCCAUAAGAAACGUGAGGGGAUCAACCGGAUCCGGGCCACUAUAAACAAAACGCAGCCACUAGCCGCUUCCCAGAGAAGUCGUCACGGUGGAGAGCCGAUAAUAAGAUUCGAGGCCAAGCGCAUGGAGCAUCAAAGCCUUCCCACCGCCCAGAUCUUCGCUGAGCUGCUGUCGGCCGCUGUCCUCAACAUGGAGUAUCUGAACGAGAAGGUCCCAACGACACAAGGCAACGUCCUGCCGUCGGAUCUGUCGUCACAACCGGACGAGAUUCCUCAAGGAGCCGAGUAUCAUGAUGCCUUCGUCUUUCACAUCGAGCACUACCACCUCCGCAUCCACACUGCACGCUUCCCGACGGCGUACCUGAAAUGGGUGACGUCGCCCGACGAGCCGUCCGACUUUCACGACGUCAUCGUGCAGAAGGUGACGGCGCCCUACGAUCUUUCCCAGCCGGACGACCGCCUCCGUGCGGUCCGAGAUAUUUUGAUCUUGCUUUUUGCCAUCCGUGCUGGACGCACCGCUGAUCCGCAGGGUUUGUUCGUGGCUCGUGCCGUGGUGCCGCAGACGCACAAGGCGCUGGCCGUACCGGAGCCUAUGAAUUUGGAGUAGCUUACAGCUUGUUAUUGACAAGGUCAUGGAUCGGUGGGAGAUUGGUAGACUCUGUGUCAAGGCGCGAGGAAGAGCUGGUGCAUCUCGGGUUAAUGCCGAGAACAACGAGACGGAGAUAAUGUGGCUUAUACCUCGAUCUACACCAAGUCGAACGUUCCAGACCAAAUGCUAAGUGACAGAACGGUCAAAAGACUUGAACUGGCAUAAGUGAAAGCUAUCGGGAGACAUUUCCAGCCUUCCCAGGCGCGUCUGCUGGUGUCAUCCAGCCUCUUCGCUGGACUUCUACGUCAA